AUGGAAACCAUCAUGUGGAGGAGUCGAACAGCUCCCAUGCCUGAAGCAAGCCAACAAAGCUGUCGCAAACGAGAUGCCAAAUUAAAGCUGACACUAUUUGCACAGCACCACUCGCUUCCAGAUCUGCUCGCAUGGUUCUCCAACAAAGGAACACCGGAACAAAGCGCGCCAGAACAUGACAACGACCUGACACGAACGCAUGGGAUUCGAUUCCAUCCGUUCAAUAUAACCCGAUUUGGUUAA